AUGUGCGCAGCACUUUUGCGAACUUUAAGGCUUUUGCUCAUUCUUCAGCUUAUGCUUUGUAAUUCUUUGUGUAAUUCAAAGAGGCACAAACGAUAUUAUCAUAGGCGUUUCAAUUUAACAAUUUCUGUACGUAAUCAUAAUGUUACGGAAGCCAAAUUUUUCCGUCUUGUCGGAGUUGAAAAUAUUGCUGAUUUCAUUGUCGCACCUGGGGAUGUUUUUACGAAAAGUUAUGAGGCGAAACGGAAAGGCUUCUGGAUAUUAUUUGUCGAAUUCCCAGGGAAUCGUUAUUCGAAAUCUCCAAGGAAAAUUAUUUCCCGUGAUUCCUAUAAACAUUGGAUUAUUGAAGUAUAUUAUUAUCCGGGAGCAGUCGGAUUCAGCAGCUGGUAUCAAGCAUAUGACGAUGACAUGCAUAUGAAUAAUAUCUUCUAUUAA